AUGAAGGCGACGGUCGAGGCGCUGAUGGGAUUCUUCGAUCUGACAGAGGAGGAGAAGAGUGAGUUCGAAGGGAAGCACGUGUUGGACCCCAUAAGGUACGGGACGAGCUUCAAAGCUUCGGUCGACAAAGUGUUCCUCUGGAGGGAUUUCCUGAAGAUGACGGUGCAUCCAAAGUUUCACUGCCCCACCAAACCAGAAGGCUUGAGUAAAGUUUUGGCAAAGUACUCUGGAGCGCUGCGAAAAUUAGUUAGGGAACUGCUCAAGGGUAUAUCGGAGGGCCUAGGACUCAAACCUGGCUAUAUCGACGAGGCAAUGAACAUGGAUUCAAGCCUACAGAUAUUAGCAACGAAUCUAAUGGAGUUGGCGGCCUUGAAGUUUAUCAUGACGGGAAGUGGGUCUGUUUCACCAGAAAAUGCUCCCGCGGUGAAAUAUAAUUCACCGAAAGUCGUUCUUCGGUUCUUAAUGGUCAAAGCUGAUCUCAUUCCAAAUGCCUUUGUGGUCAACACCGUUGAUCAGCUCGAGAUUGUGAGCAAUGGGAAAUACAAGAGCGUUCUGCAUCGAGCUAUCGUGAACAACAAGGCUGCAAGGCUAUCGAUCCCUUUUUCUACUAGACCAUCGCCUGACACUGUCGUAGUGCCAGCGAAGCAGCUGGUGGAUGGCGAGCACAACCAAGCCACAUACAUCUCGAUGAAUUACAAGGACUACUUGGAAUUUAAACAGAGCAAAGUAAUUGAUGGGAAAUCGUACCUGAAUCAAGUAAAGAUAUGAUUUUGUGCAGCCUACUGUUAUGCUGCAUUAUGUUAAAGAGGGAUGUGUGAUUGUGUUCUG